AUGGACUGGAGAUUGCUUAAAGCUGCAGCUAAAGGGGACACUAAUCUUCUUGAUCUUACCAAAUUUCAUCAAUCAGAUUUCGACAAGGUAACACCACAGAACAACAAUGUUCUUCACAUUGCAGUUAAACAUGAGAGCCAAGAUUUCGUUGCAGCCAUACUCGAUCUUUGUCCAUCACUCUUACUUAGAGCAAACAACAAUGGAGACACACCUCUACACGUUGCAGCUAGUGUUGGUUACUUUAAAAUUUUAAAACUUCUUGUGAAUUCAGCCAAUCAAGUAACUUCAGAUGUCGAAAACCGGAGUAUAAUCGACACGCGGAAGCAGCUAUUGAGGACUACUAAUAAGCAGAACGAUACAGUUUUAAAUGUGGCAUUAAAGAACGGACAUGUUGAUGUUGCUAAGUUCCUAGUUGAAGAAGACAUAGGAUUGCUAGAUGUAGCCAAUACCAACAACAAUGUAUUGUCUCCAUUGUACUUAGCUGUCGAAAGAGGGCUUUACGACAUUGCUGAUCACAUUUUGGAAACAUUUCCUUCGGUUUCCGGUAAAGGGCCUAAAGAUAUGAAUGCUCUGCACGCCGCUGUGGAUUCGGACAUUGUCAGUACUGAUUUCUUGAGAAAAUUGAUAGAGAAAAAGCCGGAAAUGAUCAAAGAAGUCGAUACUAACGGAUGGACACCUCUUCAUUAUUCGGUAUGGCUAGGAAAAAUGGAGAUAACUCGACUCAUUCUUCGACAAGAUAACUCGGCUGCUUAUAUAUCCGAUAAGGAAGGACAGUCUCCGCUUCAUCUUGCUGCGUCUUGUGGUCAAAUCGAUGCGUAUAGAGAGCUUAUUAGUAGCUGUCCUUAUGUUUGGGAAAUAGUUGAUGGUAAAGGUAGAACAUCUCUUCACUCUGCAGUCAUAUCAGGACAAAGAGGAAUCAUUCACUGUGUUGUAGAAAUGCCUGAGAUUUGUCUUUAUCUGCUGAACGAAAGCGAUGCAGAAGGAAACACUCCUCUCCAUCUAUCGGUUAUUUACAAACGCUACGCGAUCUUGCUGCUUCUUUUGCGUAACAAGCGAGUGGAUAAGCGUGUUAUGAACCAUAACCACUUUACAGCUGCUGAACUCUUCUACUCACAGAAGCUAGAGCUUGGUUUCAAGGUUGCAAUGGCAUACUAUGCACUGCAAAGAUUUUACAAACAACCGUCACAGAGAGAGAACAUAGAGACAAAGAAGAAGCAAGAAAAGGCAGAUCUUGUAGAAAGCAAUGCAAUAAACUACGGUGCAAUGUACGAGGUACAUCUUCUAGUCGCGGUUCUUGUCGCAACUGUAGCAUUUGCUGCGGCAUUUCAACUACCCGGAGGUUACAAACCCGACGGUACACCUGCAUUGAUGGAAGAAACAGCUUUCAAAUGUUUCUUGGUGUUUGAUACAAUCGCCUUUUGCUUCUCCGUAACCACAGUCUACUUCUUGUUCUACGCAUCAAGAGACGGAUUCCGUGCACGCUCUGCUUUCCUCUACAUGUCUGCUCUGUUAAUGGUUGUAUCGCUAAUCGCAAUGGUCUCUGCGUUUGUAUCAGGGAUGUAUCUGAUUUCGUCCAAGUCGAGGGAAUUAGCCAUUGUGCCUUUCUUGAUGGUUGGAUUCUUCACGUUGCACGGUUUCAUCUACUGGUUCCUUGAUCCACGAGGUAGCUACGUCCUUGGCCUCGAACGACCUCGCCGGUUUUUGAGGAAAUUAGUCUUUCGGAACUCAUUGUUACAUGGUUUGGUAAGUGAGUGA